GAAAAGCUACACGUAACUCACCCCCCACCAAACCAUGACUCCAUAGAAAGAACGAGAGAAAGCUCACUACCUUCUUGGGUUUCUUCUCUGCCUCCAGCUCACCAAAGUCUCAAAGCCAUGGCUUUUGAAAGCUCUACGUUGCCGAUCACAGAUUUUCAAAUUGGUGAUGGAGCUCAAAGGAAUUCGACAUUAAUUUGUGUGCCAAUAAUGGCAGAAUCUGUUGAAGAGAUGCUGGUUAAGAUGCGAAAGGCAAAGGAACUUGGCGGUGAUCUUGUUGAGAUUCGCGUGGAUUUCUUGAAGAACUUUAUUCCUAAACAAGAUCUUGAUAUCUUAAUCAAACAAGCUCCUUUGCCAACUCUUGUCACCUUCAGGCCAAGAUGGGAAGGUGGUCGAUAUGAUGGUGAUGAAAGCAAGCGGCAAGAAGCAUUACGUCUAGCCAUGGAAUUGGGAGCAAAUUACAUUGAUAUUGAGCUUAAGGUUGCUCAUGACUUCUUCAGUUCUCUUCCAAGGGAUAGGCCUGAAAAUGUCAAAAUUAUAGUUUCUUCACACAACUAUGAAAGUACUCCAUCUGUUGAGGAAUUAGGUGACCUUGUGGCGAGAAUACAGGCUACUGGAGCUGACAUAGUGAAGAUAGCAACAACUGCCUUAGACAUCAUAGACAAUGCUCGAUUGUUUCAAGUACUUGUGCACUCUCAAGUGCCAAUGAUAGGACUUGUUAUGGGUGAGAGGGGUUUGAUGUCAAGGAUCCUUGCUGCAAAAUUUGGGGGAUUUCUUACUUUUGGUACACUUGAGGAAGGAGUAAUAUCAGCCCCUGGGCAACCAACUGUGAAGGAAUUGUUGGAUUUAUACAAUAUGAGGCAUAUUGGACCUGAUACCAAAGUACAUGGUGUUAUUGGAAAUCCUAUUGAUCACAGCAAAAGUCCUCACCUUUACAAUGCAGCAUUUAAAUCCACCGGUUUCAAUGGAAUAUAUCUACCUUUGUUGGUUGACAAUGUCUCAAACUUUAUCACCACUUAUUCAUCCCCUGAUUUUGCUGGAUACAGCUAUACUAUUCCUCACAAGGAGGCUGGACUUAAAUGCUGUGAUGAGGUUGAUCCCAUUGCCGAGUCAAUAGGAGCAAUUAGUUGCAUGAUCAGGAGACCAACUGAUGGCAAAUUAUUUGGUUACAAUAUUGACUACCUUGGAGCUAUUGCAGCUAUUGAAGAGGGAUUAAGAGCAACCAGUGGUGCAACACCUGCGUCUGGUUCCCCUUUGGCUGGUCAAAUAUUUGUUGUAAUUGGAGCUGGUGGUGCUGGAAAGGCAAUUGCUUAUGGAGGAUAUGAAAAAGGAGCUAGAGUGGUGGUUGCCAACCGUACAUAUGACAAAGCCAAAGAACUUGCUAGCAAAGUUGGAGGACAAGCAAUUACUCUUUCUGAGUUAAAUGAAUUCCAUCCAGAAGAAGGAAUGAUCCUUGUUAAUACUACAUCUGUUGGAAUGAAACCAAAAAUUGAUGAGACACCAGUAUCCAAGGAAGCUUUGAAACACUACUCAUUGGUCUUUGAUGCCGUUUGCACUCCAAAGUUAACCAGACUCCUAAGAGAAGCACAGGAGUCUGGAGCCACUAUUGUAUAUGGAGCAGAGAUGUUCAUCAAUCAAGCAUUUGUACAGUUUGAGAUGUUCACUGGUUUGCCUGCACCAAAACGACUCAUUAGGGAUGUCCUGGCAAGAAAUACAUAACAAGGAGUUAGCUUAGUGAAACUCUUGUUGCAGCUGGACCUAAAUUAUCCCCUUAUAACUAAUUCUUUUCAUUGUAGCUGUUGACACGUUCUGCUAUACUAAUUCAUUUCCAUUUUAUUUUUGAAAAUCUUCAAAUUUAUCAGUCUCAAGCAUCAUGUUACUUGUUAGGUUGCUACAAUGUAUCAGUAGCAAGAUCAAAACCAUGGAAAAGGAUUCAUGUAGUCAAAGGCUGUGAAGCCCUUAUUCAUGGACAAGGUUUGUUGUUUUAGUUUGGUCAUUAACUUUUGAGGGUGGAAUGAAUCUGUUUUCAUUUUGUGAGUCACAAUGGUGACUGCAUAAGAUCUUCA